AAAAGUCUCACAGUUACUUCCCUUUGUCAUAAUAAUCUAAUUUGCAAUUUGGAGAUGGAGUAACAAUGUGAGACGAUAAACCUAUCAGAUAUGGUUUCUCCACAUAUAUUUGCAGAUUGAAACUACCAAUUCGUAUAGAGAGGUAUUGAUGCGAGGAACUCGAACUUUCGAAGAGGUUUUGGAAAGGAAGACACUUCUGGAUUAACAUUAGAUUAGAAGACCAUAAUGCCAUAAGACAAAACUGUUGUCUUAGACAUUUGCUGUACUAUAUAGUGUGUAAUUAUGACAGUUGAUAAACUCAAUAUUCUGAUCACAUCAGGCUGAUAUGUGGCAGGAAUGGUUAAUUCCUGCCACAGAUAACAAUUAAUACCAUAUAGAUUGACUACACUAAAUAUAAUUAUGCACUGUCAAAGAAAAAUCCAGUGUGUUGCAUGCACAACAACAUUUUCCUCUCUGUGUGACUUGCAUUUUCAUCUCAGCAGAGGUUUCAAACAUUUUGGAUACAUUUACAGUGUACAUUUGUUACAAAAUGGUCUGUUGCUUGUAUAUCCAGCAAGAGAUGUGUGUUUGGAUAAAGGCGCAGGUAAAAAUGAAUUAUCAAAGCGUACAGAAAGACAUACAGGAAAUCUGAAGAAAGCUGUGGCAAACUCAAUAGACAAACAUAUUGUUAAAGAUGACUUAGCCAAACAACAAGAGCUUAAUCCAGAUACAGCAAAUUUACUGAAUCAGACACGUACAGAGAAAAAUAAAGAAAGACAUGGUCCUUCAAAGGAACUGGAGAACAUUUUAGCACUGACAACGAAACAUACAGUUUAUGCAACGGAUAUUGCAUCUAAAAAUAUAUAUAAAGAGAAACACUCUUCAGCAAUACCGCCAUUGAAGUCUUUGGUACUGCCAAAGAAAGGUGUUGAAUACCAGGAGAAAAAUGGAUGUACAGAAGUACAUAAAGGUGAAAACAAGACUGCAAAUGUAGAAUCUCUUAGCAAACCCAUUAAUACCAUUGCAAAGCCUAUUUCAAGAACAUUUGUGCCACAAGAGGUUGUCGUCUACAAUGCCAGACAAAUAAAUAGUUUUAUACACAAUUUAGAAGUAUCAGAAGGUGGUAUUUCAACAUUUAGUGCUAAACAAGUAGGGAAAGAAAUGCCAAAGAAUGUAGACAAUUCUGCCAAACAGAAACAGAUACAUGUUGGUAUAGCGAGGAGUGAUGAUAGUACAGUAAAUAGAAAGCUAAGUAUUACAGAAAACAAAACUAUUGACAAAGUUCUUGACAAAACUACAAAACACAAUGUAAAACAUUUUCUUGUCACAGAUGAUAAUAAUAAACAUCACAAGAAAGAGAAUAAUGCUUUCCAUAAAGAUUUAUAUAUGAACAAGCAUGCAGAUAUUAAACAAGACUGUGCUAACAAAACUGAAGGUGUAUGUGAUCCUAUAGUCAGUUUUGGACCUGAAGUUAAAAACAGCUAUCAGAAAGAAGCCGAUAUUACUAGACAGUGUUCUUAUCACAUUCGUUGUGACAAAGUCCUCACAGGAGAAGAUGAAAACAUACUGUCAGAUAAGUUAGAUAGUUCAGAAAAGUUCUCUUUUCUCAACGAGCAUGGUUAUUCUAAAACAGUAAGUACCAAUGAUUCUCGGUGUGACCAAGAAUUUAAUGAACUGCAAGUUUUUUUUGAUGAGAAUUAUUUCGAAGACAGAGACCUAUUGCAAGUUUAUGAAAACACAAGCAAAGGUUUUAAGGAGCUUGAAGUAGAAUUUCCUGAUAACAUAAUUGAUACUGAAACAUAUAGCAAAACAGAUCCCCUUAUUACUGCCAACUUUAAUGAACAUAAUGUGGGCAAAAAGAAUGUGAACAAGGCUGAAGUACUGUGUGUUGGUGGUAAGAAAGAUCAUUCAUUGAAAGCAUCUUUUAAAGGUCCAGUCAGAACAUUUUAUGAUGUUGAUUUGCAAAUACCGCAGAUUGCACAACAAUCAUUUAGUGUAUUUACUAGGUAUGGUUUUGAAUUGAUUCAAAGAGAGAAAUUUUACAUUCAGUGUAGAUUUUGCUCGCAAACAUGCAGUGGAAAUGAAAUAGUGAGACACAUAGACAUAGAUCAUCUUGAGCAUCCGGAAAAAACAAACAUCUUCCAGUGUGAAUUUAUGUUUCUGAAGAGGUUUUUGAGGGACAAUUGGAGCCCAGAUUCAAAGUUCUUCCAAAUUGAAUUAAAAAGACGGAUGAGGUACAGGUUAUACGAUUUUAGCAUUAAGCCAGUUCCAGAACUAAAGUUCAUUUGUGAUGCCUGCAAGAAAUGUUUUUGUAGAAAUGAUUUUAUCGAACAUGUUAGUGAGUGUUACGAAAAGUGCUCUGAGAUGAACACAACACAAGAGUUAAAUAACCAGUUGGAACUGCUGAAGAAGAUAAGUCCAGUAUUUAAGAUUGAAGAAAAGAAUACAAAUGAUGUCAACCUUGCAACAUUACCUAGCAUGGAAGCAGGGACAUACCUAUCAAAGCGUGCUAUGUUAGAAGAAUUUAAAUCUCUCAAACCAGAGCUGUUUAAGGUGAACAAUUCACAAUUCUUGAAAGAGUUCGAAGAAUAUGUAGAGCAAAAAAAAGAAGAGAAUAGGAGAAAACGACAGGAACUCAUUAGCUGCACAGUGUGUUCAAAAAAGAUCAAAGCUUGGUAUAUGGAGCGUCAUAUGGAAUAUGCCCACACAUCCCAGCCAUGUUUAUGUGCAGUUUGUGGAGGAAUUUACCCUUCUGAAAAGGCUCUGAAUUAUCAUCAGCAUUGUGUUCAUGGGGAAAAAGGACAUUUCCCUUGUUCUGUAUGUGGGAAGGUGUUUAAAAAGGAAAGGGAGUUGCGUCAUCAUUCUAACACUGUUCAUCAGAUGCACAGACAAUUUCAGUGUUACGUGUGUGGAAAGAGUUUUAAGACACAUCACUGUUUGGACAAACAUGAGAUUAUUCACACAGGGUCAAGACCUUUCAGCUGCAAAGUUUGCAAAGCUACCUUCAAGCGGGCGGAUCACCUCAAAGUUCAUAUAGAUCAAAUCCAUGAUCUGACGGUGUUAUGGGUUUGUUCCAUCCCUGGGUGUGAAUUAAGAUAUAAAACUAAAGCCCAGUUAGAGGUCCACAUACAAAGACAUAAAGGGAAAAGGUUCCAUUGUUCAUACUGUCCACAGCAAUUCACCAUACUGAGCAAGCUAAACAGUCAUAUGGAAGAAUGUCACUCUGUUAAGGAGAAGUUGGAGAUUGGACGAGCUGAUAUCAAAGAAAUGGAGUAUGGUUUUGAUGGUUUCACAAGGUUGAAAACGCUUUUAAUUUCUGAAGACGAGUUGCAAUCAGAACAAAAAGAAUGUUUCAAAUGGACUGAUAAAGAGAACAAAAUAUUUAUGGAAGUUAUGGAUAAAUACAUUGAAACUAAAGGUACUGCGCCUAAAUCUGCAUUAAAUAAAGUUACAAAAAGACUAAAAGGUACAAAGACAUUGAAACAAAUAAAAGUAAAGUUAGAAAUAGCCAGACGUAUUUCAAGGGGAAGAGGUAGACAUGUAAGCCUUAGCAGCAAAAAAGAAGUCAAAGAACAAUUGCAAACCCAAUCACCACUCAAAGGACUUCUUAAAGAUAGAUUAUCAGCAGGGAAUGGCAUUGACUUUCAAUUAAGUGAGGAUGUAGGACCUGAAAGUGGGAAUAGCUACUCCAUUGCAGUAGACCAAAAGGAGGCCACUGAAGAUACAGUUAGUAAAAAUGGGACAUUUGAUGGAGAAAACAAGUAAACAAUGAAAUCCUAAUCAGAUAUGAAUUUUAAAAAGUUUUGUUCAGGUGCGUCUAAAAAGUGAUUUAGAAAGACAGAUGUAGUAAACAGUGAAUAAAUCUGGAUCAGAAACAAGUUACCUAGCUGAUGAAAAAGUGAGUCUGAAUGAUGAGAAUAAAGCACAAAGUAUUAAUCUAAAUGCAAGUCACAAUUUCAUCCACCAAAUCAUACUGCAGUAUUAAGUUCUGAAGAUGUUGAGACACCAAUUCAUGUAUAAAAUGUUUGAACACCUUUUUGAAACAAUGCAACAAUUGGAAAUGAUAAAUUGAAUAACAUUCAUCCGAAAUUGUCGAGUGAAUUAUUAACUGAAUGUACAAAUGAAAAUGAUAUAAUUACACAAGACAUGGCUGUAGCUAAAACAUUCUGACAGGAAAACACAAUCAGGCUGAGAGUUCAGAUAAAAGGUACAUUUGUAAUUGCUUGUUACAUGUUAUUAUGUGUCAGAAGUUACAACUGUAAGUAAGAAAUUUCUUGAAUGUUUGGUUUAUUCAGACAGGGGUCUGCAAGCCUGAUAGCACGGAAUCACUAAUUUCUAUUGGAUGCUUCUUGUUGCGUCAUCUGGAUUCCUGCAUCAGAUUUUAUUUUGCUUUAAAAAAUCUCUGAAACAUCUGAUCAAAAUUGCACCAAACUUGAUAUGUAACAUUAGGGCAUUGGCCCAUCUUAAGUUGUUCUGUUCAACCCCUUGACUUAUCUGCUAGAGCUGAAAAUAGGAAACUAUUCCAACAACUAUUUCCCACGAACCACUUGAUGUAUUUUCACCAAACUUGGUCUGUAGCAUCCGUGUAUAGACAUCACUCAAGUCAGGUCAAGUUGUUUGGCCUAGCUCAUUUAAGAAGCUGCCAGAGUUAUAAAUAGUAAAAAAAAACAUUAAACAACUUCAUAUGAAGUGUUUGAUGGAUAUUCACGGCAUUCUUGAAUGGACCUUUCUUAGUUUUGUUGACAGUGUUACUCUUUAGUUAUCCCUUUACCCACCAGCCAUUAUUACACCCUCUUUCAGAUUGUGCUUUUAUUCAACUCUUCUUCUGCAACAAGCUUCUUAUCUGCUCAUCUGACAACUCAUGUUAUUGUUUCAGAAUCUGAGGCAGAUAGUGUUAAUACAUGACUGUGUCUGUAACUGUAACGCUUGAAUACGUUAUCUUAAAUACUGAAUAAUUGUUAUAAUAUAUGAUUUGAUUAUCUUUAA